ACAAAACCGUUUUUAUAAUUAGGUGGAAGAAGCAACGUGUGCGUUUUCGUUUGGUUUACGCUAUUGUAACGCUUUUGCCAGGCUGGCGCAUUGUGCGAAAGAACAACAGAGUUGGCAGUUAAACAAGGCGCUGGUGCGUAACGCGCGAUCCAAUUGAUAAAUGUAGUAACAUCGCUAGCCACCACUACCCGCCCCCAGCAGCCGUCGAUGCAGCAUCAACCGUGCAAAAUUUUGCCGCUGCAAGGGCUGCUUUUGCCCAACGCAUCGACGACAGCAUUGCGAACAACAACAAAGCUUCCACACCCACCGAUAUAUUCAGCACGCAAUAGAUGAGCGCACCUGGCGCUUCAUAUAAACAAUUUCUAUUUUCACGUAACAGACGACCAGAGCCAGCCACAGCGAACAGAUGCUACGCGACUAGCUGGAAAGAGAAACGAAAGAGAAUUAGUAACGGAAACAGCAACAACCACACUUAAUGACCACCUAAUCUCACACACCCACACAUAAACACAGACGUUGCAAAAUGCGUACACGUAAGGUACAAAUUUUGGUUAUUGGCGUCCUCAUCCUAUGGACAUUCGUUACGUACUACAUAUUGCUGCACAACAGCAGUGUCCAAUCGGAUACGAAGCAGAAGGAGCAGCAGCAGCUGAAGCAGCUSUUCCCGAAAGCAUUACUGGAGCAAUCGAAGAGUUUGAAAAUAAGUGAUACGCUUGUGAGUUUUCUCAAAUUGAGAUACAUGAAUCAGGAGACGAGCACCACGCCGAAAAUAACAAUUGUUGCCGCUGAAAUAUCAAACGAACUGCAGGAGCAGCAGCUGAAGACAACGGCCACAACAUCAGCGCAAAUACCAACAAAAACAUAUCUGGCAAAUGGAGAGCCUGUCAUUCCCAUUCUGGUAUUUGCCUGCAAUCGCAUUUCGGUGGUCAAGUGUCUGGAGAAUCUUGUGCAAUAUCGACCCAGCGUCGAGCAAUUUCCCAUCAUCGUAUCGCAGGACUGCGGCGAUGAGUUGACCAAACAAGCCAUUCAAUCCUUUGGCAAUCAACUAACGCUCAUCGAACAGCCCGACCAAAGCGAUAUUAUGGUCCUGCCCAAGGAAAAGAAAUUUAAGGGCUACUAUAAGAUAGCACGCCACUAUGGCUGGGCUCUGAACACCACCUUUCAUGUAGGAUUCGAAUAUGUAGUCAUUGUGGAGGAUGAUUUGAAUGUGGCACCAGAUUUCUUUGAAUACUUUUUGGCCACACACAAGCUGCUCAAGCAGGACAAGAGUCUUUGGUGCGUCUCCGCAUGGAAUGACAAUGGUAAGGCAAAUGUGGUGGAUAUCGGCAGCCCAGAGCUGCUCUACCGCACCGAUUUCUUUCCCGGCUUGGGCUGGAUGCUAACCAAGGAUCUGUGGAGCGAACUCUCAGUCAAGUGGCCCAAGUCAUUCUGGGAUGAUUGGAUACGACAUCCAGAGCAGCGCAAGGAUCGUGUUUGCAUUCGACCAGAAAUCUCAAGAACACGUACUUUCGGCAAAAUUGGUGUUUCCAACGGUUUGUUCUUCGACAAGUAUUUAAAGCAUAUUAAGCUGAGCGAGCACUUUGUGCACUUCACGAAAAUGAAUUUGAGUUACUUACUUAAGGAUAACUAUGAUAAUACGUUCUUGAAGCAAGUGUACGUGUUGCCCUUGGUUACCUUUGACGAGCUGCGUCGGAAUCUUAUUGCCAAGGAGGGCCCUGUGCGCAUUCAGUACAACAAUCGCGAUCAAUACAAACGCAUCACUCGAAUGUUGGGCCUCAUGGAUGACUUCAGGAGUGGAGUGCCACGCACAGCAUACCAUGGCAUCGUGUCGUUCUACUAUAACAAGCGACGUGUGCAUUUAGCGCCAAGUGCCAACUGGAAAGGUUACGACUUAUCAUGGAGCUAACAUCACUAAAUUAGUUAUCUAUUAGCUAGAGUCUAAGCAACAGCUCAAUGCAACCCGUAACGAAUCAAAAUGUUUGGUUAAAAAAACAAUGUUUGCAAUACCAAAAAAUAUUACUAAUAGUUUAUAUAUACAUACUAUUAAAAUUAUAUAUUUCUCAUGACAUAGCUUAGUCGUAAGUGUAAAAUUGAAUGAAACUUUCGCAACCAGUCCUAAAACAGUGCACUGCAGUGUAAGAACAGACUAGAACAGUUUCUAUAUACAUAUAUGUAUGUAUAUUAAUUUGUAAUACCUGUGAAGCGAGGCAGCUCCAAUCGUGUGUUGAGUCACAGACCGCAACUCCCCCCUCCUAAAGAUAUGUAACCGAAGCAAUAGUAAGCAACGACCAGAGGCAUGUUGGAAAGUAUUAGAUAUUAUAUAUAUAUAUGUAAAUAGUCAGAGCUGUCGCUGACUUUGUUGCAAUGAUAAUUCUGUUAAUUCGCGUUAAUUUACUGUACAAAUAGACCUUUAGUUGUUAAGUUCACUAAACUCAACUCCAACUCCAGACCGAGCUCGACAUUAAGCAUAAGUUGUAUGUGAUUUUGUUUUAUAUAAUUGUAAUUUGUAUUUGAAUGAACGAAAGAGAAGAAAGAGAGAGAGAGAGAGAGAGAGAGAGCAGCCAACAAACAACCAACCCACUUGUAACAUAGCAUAGCCAUAGUUAAAGUUAACUCUUAAGCAUUUCUGAUGACUGGCACACAAACACACUCACUCACGCAGAGACUCCAGUGAAUCAACACAGACUCGAUUGCCAUCAGCCCCUUGUGUGCCACGGUCAUAUAGUGAUAGCGACCCCAACCUACAGACAACACAUGACAACAACAACAACAACAACACAUAACAUCAAUAUGACUUUAGGUAUUUAUAUGAGCAUAUUUUUUGCGUGUGAUGCAUAUAAAACAUAAAACUGUAA